UCUCUGGGCUCUAUUGGUAUAACAAUGACCUAUACCAAAAAAAUUGCCUAAAUUGAAAUGGUGAAAUAAAUCUUGAAAUUGAAAACUGAAAAUAUUUACCAUUUGGGCUUUUGUUUCUUAAAGGAAUUGUUUACAAUCAUCGCUAGCUUGAACGAUGGUAAUAUUUCAAAAACCAUGUCUGAAGUGCAUCAAAGUCGUUUUGAAAAAUCACUCGGGUUGUUAACAACAAAAUUUGUUAAUCUAUUGCAGAAGUCGCAAGGAGGAGUAUUAGAUUUAAAACUAGCCGCCGAUUUACUUGCUGUUCGUCAAAAGCGAAGAAUAUAUGACAUAACAAAUGUACUGGAAGGUAUUGGUUUAAUAGAAAAGAAAAGUAAAAACAGUAUUCAAUGGAAACCCUCUGCACAUAGCGAAGGGUUACCCGGCUGCAAUGCCUCCGAAUUUUCUGCCAAAAUUAUUCAUUUAAAAAAAGAAAUUGAAAAAUUGGAGGACUUUGAGUUGGAAUUAGAUAAACAUAAAAGUCAAAUUGAGCAGAAUAUAAAGAAUAUUACGGACGAUAUAGACAACAAAAAAUUUUUAUAUCUGACAGACGAAGACUUUAAUAAAUGUUUUGGCGAAAAUGAGAGUCUUGCUCUAAUAAAUACACCAUUAAACAGUUCAUUAAUAUUGGAGAAUUCACAACAAUCUGGAGUUAUCCAAUUGAAAGUGACCUCGUCGUCCACCCCCAUUACCGUUAAUAUGAGGCUUCAUCCCAAUGAAAGUAAACAAACUAAAAAGAGAACAUACGAAAGAGCCUUUAAAAAUAAUAAUGUAGAGUAUAUAUGUAAAAAGCCAGAAUCUAUCGAGGAUCCUGAUAUUUCGGCAGCAGAAAUAAUUUUUAAUGGAAGUACAGAUCUCGGAAGAGAAAAUGUAUUAUAUGAAGAUCUUCCUCAAAGACAUGUAGAAAGCCCGUUUAUCAGAUUAAGUCCGCAACCUACAAAUCGAGAUUACAGAUUCAGUUUGUCUGAAGUGGAAGGUGCAAGUGAUAUGUUCGAUGUUAUAGUUGGAGUUUAAUUUUAUUUUGAUACUAUUUAAUUUAUAAAUAAUUACGGAAGUAUUUAGUUUGUUGUUUAAAUACAUGAAACAUUCAAAGAUGAAACCUUACAUUAUUAUUUAAAAAGUACAUAUUAAUUUUUUUACAUGAUAGUCACAUGAUGUGUGAUUUGUUAUUUGUAAAAAGAAAUUCUUGUACCUA